UCCAUCUCCAACAAUGGGGAAAGGCACCAAUCCGUUCGUCAAGAAGAAACUCUUCGAAGAUCAAUUCCAAUUCCUCAGACAAUACAUAGGAAAACCCUUGGCCUUUUUGCUAGACAUACCAGUUCAACUUGUACAGGCUCCUUUCCUUAUCGCUAAUGACAUUUCCGGCUCUGCUCCUCGUGGCUUUGGUAUCCCCGAAUUCAUCUCCAAGCUCUCCUAUUCUGCAAUUUUUGCGGUUGCUGCUCUUGGGACUUGUGAUAUCGCACUGGAGUUAGGGAAGAAAGUGAUAUGCCAAAGGAACUGUCAAACUUGCAAUGGGUGGAACGCUCUACGGUGUACCAUGUGCAGAGGCACAGGGAAGGUCAUGUACCAGGUCAAAAACUACAGAUUAAGAAGUGGAGAGAAACCAACAGCUGAGGCUAUUGCGGAUGCCAUUACUGAGAAUAGAGCAGAGCUGGUGCAUCUUCCAGCUACCAUGGAUCUCAACGUUCCACUGCCGACCAAAGACUGUGAGACCUGUGAUGGAUCCGGCGUGAUGAAGUGCUAUGAGUGCAAGGAUAAAUUACAAGUUAGGAUCUCUGCUGAUGACAUUAUUGAGCCUCCAUGGAAAGCAUACAAUAUAAUGAAAAAAAUGGACUACCCUUAUGAGCAUAUUAUUGACAGCAUGAAAGACCCCAGCAUUGCUGCGUUUUGGUUGAUAACGAUGCCCCAGAUUAUGGGAGGAUUCGAAUAUGAUGACGAGGUCAAGCAGAAAAUUUGGUGGCAAUACAAGGAAAAUAUGCGGUAUGAUCAACUUCGGGAAGCCGUAGCCAAGAGAAAACCUGGAUGGGAGUACUUGCAAGAAGGGUUGAUCUCGAUGGAUCCUGAACGUGCCAGGAGUGAUCCGGUAAUAGUGAAGAACAUUCCCUACUACAAAGCAAAAAACGCGUUAGAAACAGAAGUGAUGAAGCUUGAUCCACCACCACGACCUCAAAACUGGGGGGAGCUCAACGUUCCACUAAGCGCGUCUUCGUGGAGUGAGGAGGACCUAAAAGAUCCUAAAAAGCUGUACGAAAAGACGGUUCUUUUGAAUGCGCAAAGAGAAAUUGCGGAAAAGAUUUUGGAUGAUCAAUGGGAAACGACAUGGCGCCAAGAAAAGUUGAACAAGAUGUUGGAAGAGAAGCUACAACCAUUCAUUCAGGAAAUCGACAAUGGUGUUCUUCCGCAUCCAAUACUCGCAGGCUCCCAGAAAAACGAUCAGAAGAGGAGUCAUCGAUCGAGAAGAUGGUGGUUGUUUUGAUAUGACGAGAGCCGUGCCGCCUGGUGUUCUAAAGAGCGUUAGAUAGUCGAGUGACGUCUUGGUAUUUAGUCGCUAAGCGUUUAAAUCUAUUUUAGAUCGAAACAUGUAUUAAUGUAAAAUUUUGAUUCUUUACCUUUUGAUUCACGCUUUUAUUAUUCUUGUAAAAAUGCUAAAAUGGCACCAUACUUUUGGUAUAAUCGAAUGAUUUAGACGAAAUGUGGUAAAUAU